GUAGCCUCUAUGCAUGCGUGACUUUUGCGUUUCACGUUCAGAACCCUCUGCAGUUUCUGGUUUGGGAGACUUAAAGCAGAGAGAAAUUGAAAAAAUAGUUCAAUUUAACAGAUGCUGUACUUUGCUGCACACAACAGUGGGACAGUAGGCCUACACAUGCGUGAAUGUACAAGAUCAGGGUGGCACCACCUCAUGUUGAUCCAGGAAAAACACUGGACUUGGCUACUGUGCUCUCGGGGCUCGGAGGACGACUAACAAGAUAAGCUUACCAGAAAACAACCUGAACAUAAUGAUCAUAAUGCUUUCUACUGCAAAGCUCAUACUGACUAUUGCAGCAGUUUUGGGUGUUGUCUCCAGCAUCAACUCUACCAUAAGGUGGAGUGAAAAUCAGAUAUGUGUUGUUGACUCCAAUUCUGUGGAGCUUCAGCAGCUCAGAAGAAGCUACCAAGACGCACUUAACGCUAUUGGUUCUCAACGCACGUUGUCUUCUUCUGAAAAGCGAGCGGCCCGGGGCCAGCAUGUCUUCAACAAUGGAGUCCUUGGGUUCCAUCGCAGUGUUCUGCAGAGCCUGCUGGGAGAAGAGGGAGGCUAUGAUGAGCAGCUUGAGAACCUGAUGCAGGACCUUGUAAUCCCCCUCAGCCGAACUCAUCAAAAUGCAAUUAGGACAAUGGUGGCCCACUUCAGAUGGAAUGAGUUCUAUGUGGAUUACAAUGCAGAUGUGUUCGGAGAGUAUGUAAGGCAUCUCCGAGCUCAACUUGUGGCAUACCUCAGGGCUGAUACAUCUGUCAUCUUUUAUGAGAGGUACGGCAUCCAGAAUAUCCGUCAGCGGGUGCAGUCAAUCGCCACUCAAAUGGUGAAUCAUGUGGUGUAUGUGGACCCGAUGGCCGCUGGCCGCUGGCUGAGGGAGCACCCAGGACGUGCGAAAGCGCAACUGUACAAUCAGGUCAGACGUGCAUUGGAGAAUAUGUUCAGAAACAUCCUGCAGGACUUUCAAAAAGUGUCUGACAAGAUACGAUACUUUCGCUUGAGAAACAACUGGAACUGGGACAGAUGUGACUUGAAGUGAGCUUGCAGACUGAAUCUGUUCUAGAACCAGUUUACCAGUUAUCAUAAUCAUCUGAUCAAUUUUUCCAUCAUCAGUAGUGAUGCGGUUUAUAUCCAAACCAGUUCAGAAAAGAGAUCUACUCUCUGACCCCCAUUCAGUUUAUUAUAAACGGUGGUAACAAAACAGUAGAUGUGAUAGUUAA